AAACACUCGAAACAGCUAGAUCGCAGCUUCAGUCAUCGAGCCGAAAAACGGCGUAACAUAACCUAAAGUAGUAGGCGGACUCGAGCGGGACCAUCGGAUUCUUUUCUCCUUUUCUCUCGUUAAUAUUCCUCUCGACAAGCAGCGGAUUCCGGAUCACCGCAGCGGGGAUUUACACGCGACGCCACUGAUCGUUACACGGCGAGUCGUCAACGUCGCGUGUCGACUCCGUCAGCAUGCGAUGAUCGCGUAACCGCGGUUCACGCGCCGCAAGAGCGUACGGGCGAAGUGGCCGUCGCGAAAAAUGGCCUAUCAUCAUCAUCGCAGACGAUGAAUCAAUCAUUAUUAUGUUGCCGUCGACCGGUUAUUUCAAAACGAUAAAUUGCCCGUUCUGUGACAGCGGUUCCUGCGACCGUCCCUAUUGCCAUUUCAAACACGCCAGGCGAGAAGAUGCAGGAGGCGCAGCAGGAGUGGCCGGCGUUUCGGAGACCCAGGCGGCGAGCCAGACGCAGGACGGCAAGCCCGUUGCCGUUGUCGCCCACAAUUCUGACAUGCUGCAACAUCUGGUGACGGAGGCCGUGAAGAAGGUGCUGGCCGAUCAAGAGGUCGCGGACACGGAGAAGGUCUCGCAGAACAUCGUCUCACAGGUGGUCGAAGGACUCAAGCCGACACUGGCAUCCGGUUCCGCCGUCUCCAUGCGCAAUGCUGUGGGGAACGUGAUAGGAAAGCACAUCACGAUUCCUACUCCCAUCACCAAGCCGGUCGCAUGUGUCUACAAUCCAACGCCGAUAGCCGAGCUGAAGAAACGGCACAUACCAGUGGUGUCGUACAUGCCGACCAGGGAGAGCAGAGUGGCUGUGAAACGCAAAAUAUCGCCGGAACGCGCCAAACCGUGGUUGAAUAUUAUUCAGGAGUCCGGGAACGCGGAACCAGCCGAGAUCACGUACAAACCCACCGCGAUAGUCAACCCGACUGGCCAGGACAGUGUACAGGGUUACGUACCGACCGUCAAGCCAGACUCACCCUCAUCAAAUUCGUAUGAUGAUAGUAACUCGAACGAUUACCAGGCAAAAUUCAAGGAAGAAUAUUAUCCGAGAUCGAAGAAGAGAAGAGAAGAGUACGUGCCGAUGAAGGUGAAGGCGCCGCUGAAGACUACUCAGGAAAUGGACAAGGCUGCUUUGGAUCGAUUCGACUCGGAGUUCGAUAUAAUCGAUGAGAUCUACGCGAGUGGUCACGCUUCCAGCGCGCUGGAACAAGCCAAAGCAUUGCACAGUGAAGACUCUCAGGACUAUCCGUUGGAUAUUGAACCCAAGUUCUCGGACGACGAGUCCAUCGAGGAUGCAUCUAAGGACGAGAGCGGCGUGAAAGAAGCUGAGCAAACCGAGGAUGCGGACGAUAAAAGGGAGAACAUGCAACACGCGCGGAUUGAUACUGCAGACAAAGAAACAAGCAAUAAAGAUAAUAAAAUGCGCAACAAUCAUGAGGCUAAAACGGACGAUGCGAAAAGUAGCGACAGAUCUAAACAGCUUAAAGCGAUCGACGCGAGUAAAUCGUCCGGGAAAAGAGAAGACAGUACAAAGGAGAAGGAAAGACGCAAGAGCAAAAGCAAGGAAAAGGAUAGAAGAGAUCGGCGCAGUUCCGAGAGCAGAGACAAGGAAAAAUCCAGGCGUAAAUCUGAUUUCAAAAACAGACAUCGCUCAUCAUCCAGCAGAGACAAAGAGAGAAGGAGAAGCAGUCACGAUAGCAAGAACAAGGACAGAGGACACUCGGAUUCGCGAAGAGAUAAACGUGACUCAUCUAAGAAAGAACGAAACGAUUAUCACAAGUCUAGCAGGCACGAUAAGCGUGAAUCAAGAUCAAGUACAAAAUCCAGUAAGCACGCAUCAAGCACGAAGCGUCACUCGGAAGCAUCAAGUCGUAGGACCAGUGAUUCGUCCAGAAAAUCCGUCAAACAUAAAGAAAGUAGCAGCGAGAGGAAUUAUUCGUCCGAUAGAUCCAGCCCGAUAGACCUCUCUGACAGCGUUCACUCUUUCGUAGACGAUCAAAUUCUGGAACUGUCAGAUUCCGAUCAUGAUGUGCAAGAAGAAUGCUUGAGAAUCUUUCAGGAAUAUCAAGCUUCCGAUCAUCCAAAACUGGUAUCACUCAAGCAGCCGUCGGCACAAGAACCCGAGGAGGUCCAGGAAGUCGGUAGGAAAAGGGUCGCGCAUCCUUCAGCGGCGGCGAAUGUCACCAGGCAACUGGGUCCUAGUCAACCACCAAAAAAACUCAUAACUCCGCAGCAGAAAAUGUACGAGCGAUGGCGCUUGAUGAGAGAAGCGGCGGCCGAGAAGGCCGCGGAAAAGACGGCAGCUGAUACAAAGGCUCAAGUUACGGCCGCGUCAGCAGUUCUGCCCUCGAGUAACUUGCACAAGGAACACGCCAAGUCCACCACUUCGUCGAUAAGCAACAGUGACGUGCAGCCGAGUACGAAUGGUCGCGUCAGGAUCGCUCAUGUCCCAUAUGCCAAGUCCCUCGCGAUGGAGAAGAAGAAAGUGACAAUGGCGAGGAGCAAGGAUGAUGGUCAAGGAACGGACAGCAAAACGACGGCGCAGACUACAAAGGGUGGUGUUCGCGUCGCUCAUGUCCCGCAAGUGGUACCGCAACUUGUGCGCCCGGAACCGCUGCAAGUCGCCACUCACAAGUUUCCCUUGAACGUUCGUCAGUAUUACAUCAAUAUGAUGCACGAUAUCUGCAUGCAAAUCUACACGAACGGUGACGACGCGGCGCAGCGUGCCGUUAAGGAGGAGUACGCGUGUCACGAGAAGUGUAAAGCGCUACUGGUGUACAAGAACUCGUGCAUGCUCGCAGCUCACAGGCUGAGGAAGGAGAUCGAGCAGGGCAAUUCGAACGAGAAAUUCGCCGGAUUGAGCUGCUACGGUAUGGUAUCCCAUGAGGCUGUGCUCGCCGGCAAGUCGAAGGGCUCUUGGAGCGUGGUUAAAAACAAGAAGAGCGUUGUGGAUUUUAAGGGAGCGAUGCUGUACAACAUGCUGAAGAAGUGGAUUAUAUCGGAGGAGCAGCUCAGGAACAACGGCUUCCCGCGUAAUCAUCCGGAUGGUACAAAGGGACAAGCGAAAGUGUACGUAAUAAAUACGCGAAACCAAAAUGUCCUGUCGAAAGUGCCUAACGAAAGGAUAUGCAGUCGAUGCGGCAAAACGUACACGGUAGACCGGCACGGCAUCGCCGUGGAGCAACAGAACUGCCUCUAUCACUGGGGAAGGAAGUUUACGGUGCGGGGAGAGGGCAAGUACAGUUGCUGCCAGCAAACUGGAUGGGCUACCGGUUGCUGCGUCGCGAAGAGCCACGUGUGGGACUACACGGACUACGAGAAUCUUCGCGGUUACGUUAAAACGUUGUCGAAAGAUAUUCCUGUCGAAGAACAAGGCACUUACGCGCUCGACUGCGAGAUGUGCUACACCACCUGUGGCUUGGAACUAACCAGGGUCACGGUCAUCGACGAGGAUUGCAACGUGAUAUACGAAACGUUGGUCAAACCGCAGAAUCAAAUAAUCGAUUACAACACAAGGUUCUCGGGCAUCACGGAGGAGGACAUGAAGGACGUGACUACGACUAUCCUGGAUGUGCAAGCUACGCUCCUCACAAUGUUCUCGGAUAAGACGAUCCUGGUGGGUCACAGUCUUGAAAGCGAUUUCAAGGCUCUGAAACUGAUCCACGAUACGGUCGUCGAUACUAGCGUCAUGUUCCCGCACCGUAGCGGAUAUCCACACAAACGGGCGUUGAAAAAUCUCUGCUCGGAGUAUCUCAGGAAGCUCAUACAAAACGACGUUGGUGGUCAUGACAGCAAGGAGGACGCCGUCGCCUGCAUGGAGCUGAUUCGGUGGAAGGUGAAGGAAGAAGCGAAAUUGCAGUGAACGUGACCGAUGUACAGGAACGUACAGAUUUUAUCGCGAUUACUGAUACGGCGAUUAUGCGCCACUUGUGACGUAUCGCCCAUCGCCCAUAAUUUUACUGCCGUAUGUAUCAUAUUUUCUCUGUAUAAACGUGUGACAUACACUCAAUCUGCGUCGGCUUAAGAUUUUCUUUUGCGAGCUACAUUCCGAGCUCGUGCGAUAUAUAUAUAUAUAUAUAUAUUUUUUUUUUGUGCUGGAACUUGCGACCUGUUCCGAGCGCAGCCGAAUUGCGGAAUUUCGAUCGACGCGCACAUGCAUCACAACAUUUCGAUUAAUAUUUUUGUACUCCGUUAUAUUAUGACUUAUUUAUAUUUUAUAGCAUUAAAGAAACGAGAUACGUUGCACCUGUUUAUUUACUGCCCCAACCUAGCGAUGUAGGUAUCUCACGUAUCUGCAAUAAAUUAACAAACGUCUAUUGAAGAUGAUAUUGCACGAAGUUAUGCGUGAUGUAUCUAACGUGAUGCACCUCGACGGGUACGCAUUGUAAAAAUCGUGCUUGUAAAUAAAGUUUAACAAUCACGCAAUAGCAUAUUGUAAUAAAGAAAUCUCAGGGUUCCGUGAAGCUGUAAAUCAUCCUGCGCGUUACGAUGACACCUUCGCGAUAUAUAUAUAUAUAUACUAUAUUCAUUAUAUAGAACUUGUGAAAUCGACAGUAAAUUGUGACUUGCAAACAGGCGCCGAUAUUUACGAGAUACAAUAUAAAA